GAACACAAGGUAACGAUCUUAUGUAAUGGCUCAUCCACACCGCGCGGCUCACCCUACUACCAGGGAUCAAGCGGCAGAGACGAAGCCCCAGUGAAGCACAGACAUACGCUCAGCGACGGACCCUGGCUCUGACAACUCUUUUUUUUUGCUUGUGUGUAUCUAUGUAUUACAUGAUACUAGUCUGUAGGACUGCAUCGGUUGCAUUCCUGCUCCAUUAUAUUAGCUUUUUGCGCAAAAGGGUUUGAGACAGAGAGAUAGAUAUUGUGGAUUAAAGCGCAUGAAGCCACCUUAAUCCCUGAACUCAGAGAGAGAGAGAAAGAGAGAGUGAGAGAGAGAGAGAGAGAGAGAGGAGGUAGAGGUGAGUGGUGGGACAAUGAGGACCAUGACCGCGUGUCUUAUGUUGAUGCUAAUGGGAUGUGCUGGGACCACUGGGAAGUUGUCCUUUACAGUGGGAAGUGACAGCUGGUUUUGCCAGAGCGUCCGUGUGUCCAAUGUUACCGUGUAGCGGUGUGACCGUUCUGUCUGUUGGGAUCCAGCAUCCGGUUCUUCUGAGAGUGGAUUUCCAUUUCCCAUGGAUUUCUUAAGACGUCUGUCGGGACUCAGAGUCUACCUGGAAAAGGAUACGCCUUCAUUGGAGCCCUGUCUGUGACCCCUGACCCCUGGCCCUGGUCCUCGGGACCCCGCUGCCUGCAGAUGACGUGAACCCGGGGGCUGCGUGCGAGAUGGCAGGAGGCCAGUACCAGGUGGCCCCGCCCGGGCGCGGGCCCAGCCUGUGCAGCCUGACGGACGGCUCCGACGUGGGCCCCGAGGAGGGGGACCCCGACGACGGCCCCCACUCCAACCCCCUGAAGAGGCUGACCAGCUGCAUGCGCACGGACGAGAAGGUGAUGAAGGAGCUCAUCAUCGGACGCCGGGUGGGCUUCUACAAGGUCCGCGGGGAGAUCGGCUGCGGGAGCUUCUCGCGGGUCAAGCUGGCCUUCCACGCCCUCACCAAAGACAAGGUGGCCCUGAAGAUCCUGGACAAGACGCGGAUGGACGUCCAGGCCCAGAGGCAGCUGGCCCGGGAGAUCGCCAACACGGAGCGGCUGCAGCACCCCAACGUGGUGCGUCUGUACGAGGUGGUGGAGACCCCCUGCCGCCUCUACCUGGUGCUGGAGUACGCGGGCGGGGGGGACCUCCACACCCGCAUCUGUGACCGAGGCAAGAUGGCCGCCGACUGCUGCAAGGUGGCCUUUGCGCAGAUCCUCUUUGCCAUCAAGUAUUUGCACAACAACAUGAUCAUCCACCGGGACCUGAAGGCGGAGAACGUGCUGUUCACGGCGCGCGGCUGCGUCAAGGUGGCCGACUUCGGCUUCAGCACGCGGGUCCCCGGCGUGGACCGCGCCCUGGACACCUUCUGCGGCUCGCCGCCCUACGCGGCGCCCGAGCUGUUCCGGGACGAGAGCUACCUGGGCCCCCCGGUGGACGUGUGGGCCCUGGGGGUCCUGCUCUUCUUCAUGGCCACCGGCACCAUGCCCUUCCGGGCCGACACCCUGGGCAAGCUGCGGCGCUGCGUGCUGGACGGCGCCUACGCCGUGCCGCCCUGGGUGCCGGGCCCCUGCCAGAGGCUCAUCAAGGGCAUGCUGAGGCCCCUGCCCGAGGACCGCCACGCCGUGGACCAGAUGCUGGGCUGCGAUUGGCUGCUGCCCGUGGAGUUCCCCUGGCCCCUGCUGGGCCCGGUGCCCCCCGGAUGGACGGACCGGGAGGAGGAGGAGGAGGUGGAGGAGGAGGUGCGGGCGGGCCUGGAGGAGCUGGGCUUCACCCGGGAGCACGUGGGGACCCAACAGGGGCCCCCUCAGAACAGCCGGAGCCCGGUGACGGGCGCGUACCGGAUCCUGCUGCACCGCACCCAGAGGAGGCGGGGCUGCGAGACGGUGCCGGUGGUGCGGGGCAUGGUGCAGGACCCCAGGCGGGAGGGCCUGAAGGCCUACAGGGGCCUCAGACACUCCUCCAAGCUCUGCGUGGUCUCCUGAUCCGGCGGGUGGCCGUCGCUCAGGAGGUCGAGCUGGUGACGACUGGUGUGAUCGGAAGGUCGCCAGUUCGAUCCCCGGAGCGUCGAGGUGUCCCUGAGCGAGACGCCUCGCCCUGACUGCCCCUGACGAGCUGGCUGUCGCCCUGCGCCGUUGACUCCGCCGUCAGUGUUUGAUUUGUGAAUGGUUGUAAUUCGCUUUGGAUAAAAGUUUCUACAAAAUUGUAGUGUAAAAAAGUGUAAAUGUAAAAUGUUGAUCCACAUCACAGUCCGAAUUGGAUUCUACACUUACACUGUGCUUUAAAGCCGCUGUAAGCAAUGUUGUCGUUCCCAUACGUCACCGUAAACGCGGGUCUUCCGUGACUCCUGUUUAAUUUUUUCCUGGCAGCUUCUUCUUUUCUUCAGUGUAUUUUCUAUCCUCAACUUUGUGUUUUCUUCCGGGAGCGCCUAAUCGGUAGCUUCGCCUGCUCCGCUACUGUCAGUCAUCACUGAAACCCCGGCUGCCUCGACAUGAACGAGCAGAGAGGACCGCCUCCUGGUGGAGUUCUCUCUCCUGAUUGGAUAAAGUGGGAACGGGAUACCUCAACGUGUGUUUUGUGUUUACUGCAGAGCUGAUGGACUGGAAGAGCCUUGCUACUGACUGGGAGAAACCCUCUAUGUUAGUGAUUGUUGUCUCAGUGUUGAAGACUAAUUUUAAGAAAAUAUCUCUUAUAGCGGCAAUAGUUGUGUGUGAGCAUAAUGAAGAAUGGAAAUGAUUGAAUGUGUAUUUAAUGAGAUAAACUGAUGUGUUUCUGCUAAUUGCGCGUUCCUUAUCCUUCACAAUAUUCAGUAAGAUUCAAGUGCCUCAUGAGACAAACUUAUGUCUGUGGCGUAUCUGUGUUUACCACCUCCAAAAAGGGUGUGACAUGUUUCGAAAACUUUGGGAACUGCACUGAAAUGUGUUUGAAUGAUUUAUUUGUUACUAUGGUUGGUUGGUUGAAAGUUUAACCCAUGUAUGAAAAAUAAAGCAUGGUGG